GUUUCAGCUUAUAUGUAAUGAUGAUGGUGAUGUUAUCCUAGUAUUGAAGCGUAACACAGAAAGCGAUCCUACGUUAGCGAGGAGAUAACUCACAUGAAAUUUUGGCGUCAGCUUCUGUUGGUUUUUGGACUCUCCCCAUGUCUUCCAUUUCAUCAUACUUCAGCGUCCCUUUGGGGUUAUAAUGAACAUCAAGCCAAAGCUUAUCGCUUGGCUAUCAAAACCUAUACUUUCUAGUGUUCCAAUUUCCUCAAAUGCCACUGAUACCGUGCUGAUCGACUUCAGUUCACCCAAUAUUGCGAAACCAUUCCAUCUUGGACAUUUCCGUGCCACCGUUACGGGGAACUUUAUUCGAAAUAUCAAUGAAGCAGUUGGGCACAAUGUGAUCAGUGUGAACUAUCUUGGCGACUGGGGAACACAGUUUGACCUACUCUCGUACGGAUGGAGAAAGUACGGUGUGGAAGAAAAGUUGGCUACCGAUCCAAUUUGUCAUCUGAAUGAGGUCUACGUUCGGAUAAAUGCGGAGGUUGGUAAAUCUGGUCCACCUGCAGAUGCUGCCCUCAAUCUGAUGCGUGAGCAAAGUGGAACUGUGGAUUCCAAACUGUGGUCACAUAUCAGAGCGUUAACGAUAGACCAUCUGAAGAAGACUUAUGCCCGAAUGAAUGUGCAAUUCACCGCCUACGAAUACGAGUCAGAUUCCGUGGGGUCAGCCUACCCUUUGGUCCAGCGGCUUUUGGAUUUAGGCAUCGCCUUUAGAGAUUGCGACGGGGCCGUUUGCAUUCCUGGAGGCACCUAUGACGGCGAAUCACGACGUAUUGUGCUACUCAAAAGCAAUGGUGAUACUCUGUAUCUGACACGAGAUCUUGCUACCGCUAUUUCCAGAUACGAACGAUACCAAUUCGAUCGCAUGCAUUACGUAGUUGGUCUGCCUUACCGAUUGCAUAUCCCGUUCGCUCGUGUUCAAGGUAUGAGCACUCGACAUGGGAAGGGUCUAUUCCUCUCAGAUAUUCUGGACACUGCACGUGAUAGUGUACUUCGGCGAAUGCAGAACUCGCAAACUACGCGAGCAUUCUCACACAGUGGCCAAUGUGACGAAACAGUAGCCGAUCACCUCGGAGUCACCGCCCUCACCAUAGAGAUGUUACGCAACAAUCGUCAAAAACCCAUCAGUUUAACGUCCUUUCUCGGUCAUCCACUUGUCGACGAUUCGGCAGCCCCUUCGCAAGACUGUAUUGGUUUGUCCGGACUUAGUCUACAAUACUGCCAUGCAAGACUGUGCAGUCUACAACAAAAGGCCACAAAUGUUGGUUUGGUCUCUCCAGUCGUGCAGGACGAUCCGGUCUCAUGGAAUCAUAUGAAUGAGGACCUAAUCCUGCGACUUGAUGCCGCUGUCCAGCAUCCACCGUCUAGCUCCUCGGAUCCUUCCUUUGCUGCCCUCUUCGAUCAUUUAUCCAGCCUCCCAGCCUCGGUGCAGUACGCCUAUACCCACUACGAAGCUUCUGCUAUUGUACAGUUUGCCACCAGACUAACCUCUUGCGUUAAUUCUGCUUGGAGACAUUUAGGUGUGCUGAACUGUACCGAUACUGCCGAACAGUUGAUCCGAUUGUCCAUUUUCAUGAUCUCACGCGAUGCGCUGUCCGCUUGCCUUCGCCUAUUGGGAAUACAUCCUCUAUGCGCCAUCUGA